AUGAUGGCUGAUGAAGGUUUAAAAGAGUCAAAAACUAACGAGGAUUUUCAAAUGGAUGAAGAUCGUUCUAAUGAAGAAGAUUUUCAAGAGCCAGAUUUUCAUAAUGAAACUACUGGAGAAGAACUCACAGAUGCAGAAAUUGAAUCACUGAAAAAGGAAUUACAGUCAGAGGUUUCAGAGUUGGAGUGGGAAUUUAAACAAGCAAAAGAAUCACUCUACAAUGAGAGAAUAAUGCAAGUGGAGAACAAGUUAAUUCAAGCUAAAAUGGGUACUGCAUCAGAGUUUCUUCAUGUAGUAUCUCUAGUCGAAGAGACAUACAAAAUUAGAUUACAGGUGGCAAAGCAUAGGAUGGAGUUUGCUUUGGAAAUAGCCAAUAAAGAGUUGGAAAAUGAGUUGCAAAUUAUUCAAUGUGACGCAGAUGAACGACUUCGAGCAGCAGAAGAACAGAUUCGUGUACGUCUUGGAGAAGGUUUGUGUAGGCUUGAAUAUGAACUAGCUAUUCGUAGACGCAGGACUACUGAAAAUUCAGAAAAAGAGUUUCCAGAAUUAUCAGAUGAAUAUGAUAAUUAUUUACCUAGUCCAAAUCUUGAACCACGAAAGAAACCAGCUACUUUGUCACCAUCUACUCCUAGACUUAUAUAUCAGAUCCCUGAAAAAGAAAUUCGAUCAGAUGUUGAACGUAUUUUAGCAGCUGUAAAAAAAUAUAAAUUGGCCUUGGCUAUGUCCCGAUUCAAAGGUGCAAAUAAAUAA